AUGUAUGCACCAAAGAAACCAGUCGGAGAAGUGACAUUUAACAAGAAUGAAAUCAUAAGAGUGUGGAAGACUUAUACUGGGAUAUAUACAGCUCAAAUGAACAACCACGGAUUGAAGCACACGCGCAGCGCCAUUAAAACCAUUUUGCCAAAACCAGAAAAGGGAAUCCGUGAUAAUGUAGAACCCUCAUACACUGAUGCACAUUGCAGCAGCAACAUUGUUUCGAUCAUACUCGGCGCCUGUGCUGGACUAUCGCUUCAUCAGCCAGACGCUUCAGCCGGGCCCCUCAGUGAGCUUAAAGUGCAUCGCGUCAGGGGCACCAACCCCGCACGUCUCCUGGUCGCUGGACGGGUUUCCUCUGCCCCAGGUCGACAGGUUGGUAUUUCUGAUCAUGGUUGUGAUGUAGGAGUCUUCGUCGAUCACGGAAUUAAUGGUUAUCGCAAUGGUGAUGACACACCUGAGCUCCUGGAAAUCGCUUGUGUAUCGAGCCUUGAACUCCGCCUUCCGGGAACCAGUAAUGUUUAUGAAAUCGAGAGCAAGAUUCGUGCAAAUGGAGAUCGUGAGAAAGCGACAUGGGGGAAACAUGGUCAUUUAGGGGUGUGUUGGCGGGAGCUGUUCACCGGAAUAAAAGAGACGUCCCGCUUCACCAUUCAGGGCGCACAGCCACGGAACAACCGCAGCCAGGCGGCAACCGAGGAAGGGCAGGUGUCGCCACGCGUGUUGCGUCUGCGACAUCUCCAGGUCGUCAGAGACCCCGCGGCGCCGGGCGUCUCGCAAACGACCUUUGAACUCUCUGCGGGAAAAGGGUCACGGCUCAGGAUCACAAAGUCCCCGGAAUUAUAUGGCUUUUCCCCGCCUCUCGUCGCGCUGGUUAUGGCGUCAAAUACUUAUUUCUUUAAUAUACAAAAUGCAGUUUGGGUUUUUAUGGCGAUGUUUGCAGCCGGUGUGGAGUUGCCGCUGCGAGCGAGGCGCUGCAGCGUGAAUGGGGCUGUCCGAAUCGGGUUUUAUUACCUCAGUCAUAUUAGAUUCUAUUCAUACCGACGCUCCGCCGCCCUCGGAGUGUUUGAUCCUAUGAUUGCUGGGGGACUCGUGGUGGGCCAGUAUGUGGGCGUGGGCGGCUCGGUGGUGAGUCACGUCAACAUCACGGGCGUGAGAACGGAGGACGGUGGCGCCUACGCCUGCACGGCGGUCAACAGAGCAGGAUCCACCGCCCAUCAGGCGCGGCUCAACGUGUACGGUAAGGCGAUGCAGAGGCCGCCCGGUCGCAUGCAGCAGGGCUCCCUGCUUACUAAUAGCGACUCCUCUGCAGGCCCCGCGUACGUGAGACCCAUGUCGGUGGUGACAGCAGUGGCCGGCGAACAGCUCGCGGUGUCCUGCCCCGCCGCCGGCUACCCCCUGGCACAGCUGACCUGGUCCCGAGACGGCCGCACGCUGCCCGUGACGGCACGCCAGAAGGUGUACGAAAACGGCACGCUGGUCAUCACGCGCGUGGAGAAGAGUCGCGACGGAGGCUCGUACACGUGCACAGCGCAGGACAAGCACGGCCGCACGCACUCCGCAACCGCCACGGUGCAGGUCCUUGGCCGAGUGGGCCGUCACCCUGAGUGCCACGUUAUCGCAGUGCCUCCAAAGCUGAGCAUCUUCACAUUCCGCCGCGACCUGGCCCUCGGGGAGCGCGUCUACGAGGCCUGUACUGUCAUAGGAGGCGACAAGCCCGUGCAGGUAACGUGGACGAAGGACGGGGUGCCCGUGAAGAGCAUAGAGGGCGUGCAGGUGCGGAACCUCGACCAGCUGACCACCUUCCUGGUCAUCGACCACCUGUCUCCUCGCCACGCGGGUAACUACACCUGCACGGCCACCAACGACGCCGCCAGCGCGCAACACACGUCGGCGCUCAACGUCAACGCUUCGGCGAGGCGAGCCAGGGCGAGCGAGUGCAGGCGAUCUGCUCCGUGCGGCGGGGCGACGCGCCUGUCACUCUCACGUGGCUCAAAGAUGGCGUCCCUCUCAGUCAGGACACGCCGUCUGGCCUCACCAUACGCCCACUGGACCAGUUUUCCAGUGUUCUUCUCCUCGCUAACGCCCAAGCUCACCACAGUGGCAACUACACUUGCCAGGCCUCAAGCGCCGCCCGCACUGCCGCCCAUUCAGCCACCCUCGUCAUCAACGCUCAGACAAUCACUGGGUUACACGCCCACACCCACGAUCAUUAGGUUAGAUGACCACAUCUACAAUCACCAGGUUACACGCUUACACCCAAGAUCUUUAGACACGCCCAUACGCACUAAGUCAGACCUACUUAUUACACAGACUCGCAAAGAAGCAACCGCAGCAGAGGACGCGUCGGCGCCGAAGGGCACCGGAAGGGCAGAUUGGUGGGCGUCCCGGGAGCGGGCUUGGGUCGAGGGAGAGUCGGCAAUGCACCUGCAUUAUGUGCCUCCGUCGUGGAUCGAGGCGCCCCGGGACACGUCGGUCACCCUGGGCGGUUCCGUCGUCAUCCCGUGCCACGCGCACGGCUUCCCCGCGCCCGUCGUCACCUGGAGGCGCACUCGCGCAGAGGACCAGCCGGGGCAGUACAGCCAGAUCCUGGGCGGCGGCCACGGCCUGGGCGUAAGCGUGGCCAGCAACGGUAGCCUGGUGGUGGUGGGCGCGCGCUCCGAGGACGAGGCGCAGUACCUGUGCGAGGCCGUGAACGAGGUGGGCGGAGGCCUCUCGGCGCUCAUCUCUCUCACGGUCAACGUACCCCCACGGUUCGACCCCGGCCUACAGCGCCAGGUGUCGGUGCGUCGCGGCGCCCGCGCCACGCUCCUGUGCCAUGCUCAGGGCGACCCACCCAUAACUCUCCUGUGGCAGGCCGCUCACACUCGCGUUCAUGACCUCAGUGUGGUGCGCGAGGUGGACGGCGGCGUGCGAGGCGAGCUGACGAUCCCCGCGGCCAAAAUGGAGGACGCGGGAGACUACACUUGCACGGCGUCCAACUCCUACGGCAGAGACUCCUUCGUCGUCACGCUUGUUGUCCAAGUCAAGAUCCACAAUAUACAAGGUCUGACCAGCGGCAAAUGGAGCCAAAGAAGACGGACGUGCCGGGGUCGCCCCACGGACUGCGGGUGUCUCAGAGAGGAUCCCGAUACCUGGUCGUGUCCUGGCUGCCUCCCACCACCACCCACACGCCAGUUGACACCUACAUUGUGCAAUACCGGCCUGCAAGAGGUGAUGCAGGAAAUUACUUCAAGUGUAAAUAAACCCGCAGGAACCUGGAGUGACGGCCAGGAGGAGACGGUCCGGGGCGAGACGACCACCGCCCGCCUCACGCCCCUGGUGCCUGACACGCAGUACCUGGUGCGGGUGCUCGCGGCCAACCACCUGGGCGCGUCCCCGCACUCCGAGCCUUUGCAGGUGCGUACCGAAGGCGAGGCCCCUUCUGCGCCGCCCACGAGUGUCCGGAGCGACGCCGUCUCGCCCACCAGUCUGCGGGUCGUGUGGGAGCCUCCGCCCGCCCACACGCACCACGGGGACCUGCUGGGAUAUCACGUGGGCGUUCGGCGCCAUGACCUGGGAAAUGACGAAUCGUAUAACUUCAGCGUAGUGGGCGUGGGCGCCGGUGGAGGUGGGCGGGAGGUGGUAACGGCUCUACGGGCGUGGGUGCAGUAUGCAGUCGCCGUAAGAGCGUACAACGCCCACGGAGCCGGACCCGUGUCUCCGCCCGUCGUGGUCAGGACGCUAGAAGACGUGCCCUCUUCUCCCCCCGUGGGCGUGGAAUGCAGCGGGGGAGCCGGAGGGACAUCGUUGUACGUGAGGUGGGCGCCGCCGCCGCCCACCUUCCACAACGGCCUGCUGCAGGGCUACCGCCUCACCCUCACGCGCCUCGAUGACUCGACAGGUAAGAUGCAGCGCCUUCUGCCGCGUCCUUGUCACCCCAAGGUCCCCUGCUCCCUGUGCCACGAGCCUGAGAAGGUGGAAGAGCUCAUCCGAAUGACGAGUGGGCGCGAGGAGAGCGUGGGCGGCCUGCGGGCGUGGUCCAAUUACACGGUGACGGUGGCGGCCGUGACGAGGGCGGGCGCGGGCGUGUCCUCGCCUGACCUCAUCUGCACCACGAGGGAGGAUGUUGCGGGCGUCCCGGGCGGACUGAGAGCUUUGCAGUCAGACGUGGGCGCAGCUAUACUCACGUGGCUGCCUCCACACCCACCCACGGGCGUGCUCUUGGGCUACACGCUUAACCACCGCCCACCCCACGCCCGCGCGCCCUCACAACACCCUCUCCACGCCCACGCCAACUCUCACUCCCUCACGCACCUCAGCCGCGGCACACACGAGUUCUGGCUGACGGCGAGGACGAGGGCGGGCGAGGGGAAGCCCACGCCCACGCUCAAGCUCACCAUUCUGGACCAAGUGCCUGCGGGCGUAGCGUCCUUAGGCAAAGAAGUCGUGGCCACCCUGGGCGACGACGUUAGAUUUGUGUGCGUGACUGUGGGCGCGCCUCCGCCCAUGCCCGCCUGGAGUGUCGACGGCAGGCACCUGGAGAAGGACGGGCGCUCAUCACUAACUAGUCUGUGUCGCCUCAGGUUCACGCAAGAGGCUGACGGCUCGCUCGUCAUCCGCGGCGUCGAGCGAGGUGACCUCGGCAACUACACCUGUUCCAUCCACAGUGUGCGGAAGUCCCCAUACGUGCACACCUCCACCACGUACGUCCUGCAUGUGCAAGUGCCACCGACGGCGCCCUCAGUGCACAUCGCAGACGCCACAUCCUCUACGCUGACGGUGUCGUGGGCGGCGGGGGACACGGGCGGCGCUCCCGUCCGGGCAUGGGCCGUGUGGUGGCGGGCGGCGGUGGGCGGGGGAGUGUGGCACACGCGGGAGCUCGGGCGGACACACUCCAGACACGUCAUCAACGAACUACAGUGUGGAACCGAGUAUCAGGUGUACGUCACCGCCCGCACCCACGUUGGAGUUUCCCCGCCCUCCCGCCCCUUGACCGCCCGUACCUCCGGCUCGCCACCCGUAGCACCGCCCACCCGCCACGUAGCCUCGGGCAACAGCACGGGCGUGUGGGCGUGGCUGGGGCGGUGGGCGGACGGCGGCUGCCCCAUCACGCACUUCACGCUGGAGCUGCGCCGCCCCCGAGACCCCUCCUGGACCACGCUGGCAAGCAGUCUGGCGCCUCAGGACGUGUACGAAGUGGGCGGCCUGCAGGCGGGCGCGAUCUACGGGCUGAGGCUGACCGCCCACAACGCCGCGGGCGCCACGACCAGCACCGUAGACAUCAGCACAGGCCCCGGGGGCGGCCUGGGGGCGCAGCCGGCGGGGGAGCUGGAGCUGGCGCCCCCCAACCCCAUCCACACGGACCCGCGCCUCAUGGCCUCCGCCGCCGCCUCCGCCCUGGCCCUGGCGCUCACCGUCGCCGCCGCCGUCCUCUGCUUCAGGAGGCGAGUGGCCGCCGGCAGGAGCGGGCGCGGGGCCCCCGAAGACCAGGAGGCGGAGCAGAACAAGACGAACCUUCUGCAGCAGCGAGACACCUACUACGCCACCGUCAGGAAGCCUCAGCCAGUACCUGCUACUCUUGAGAGAAUACCAGGUACCACGGAGAAGGAGACAGGUAGUGUACCUGCACGGCGAGCUUAUCUUGCUGUGAGUGGAGUACCAGAAUACUCGGAGGACAUCUAUCCGUACGCGACCUUCCAGCUGGGCGAAGGGCGCGGCGGAGGGCAGGACGAGACGGUCACCAACAAGUUCCAGACUUUCGUCUUCCAAGACUCGCGAUACGGGGUCACUGAAGGUCAUCCUCCGACUUCGCCCAGUCGACCCACGCCUAAAAAGAGCCACGGGCGUAGCGGCAGUCGCGGGCGCGGUGCGGGCGGUCCCCGGAGUGAAAGUGAAGAGUAUGACUCCCUGCAGUCAGAUACGGACACCGAGCACGCCACGUCCUCGCGCACGGAGUCCUCCAUCCACCUGGACUCCGCCACCCUCGAGAGCCACCACACGGCGCUCCACCUGCCCCUCGACCCCCACCUGGCCACGCUCGAGCCGCGCCCAGACGCCCACGCCGCCCACGCCGCACGCAGGCCGGCCGCCAGGACCGUCCACCACAGUGAGUGCCCCUCUCCCGCCGUGCCCUCUGCACCUUGA